UUCCUCAUCUCGCUCGAUACUACCAUCGUCUCGACCGCGAUCCCCCGGAUCACCGACGAGUUCCACACGGUCGCGGACAUUGGGUGGUACGGAUCCGCCUUCUUUCUAACGGUCGCCCCCUUCCAGGGCACCUGGGGCAAGGUCUAUCGAUACUUACCCCUAAAGCCGAGCUUUGUGGCUGCUGUCCUGCUCGUCGAAGUCGGAUCGUCGGUC